GCCAAGCGGAGCCUGCCUCAAUCCGCGGCCGGCUGUGCCCCGCGACGCAUGCGCGAUGUCGCCUCGCUCCAUUGUUUACAUUUGUCGAUGCGACGCCGAACGCACGCUACCAUAACUGCGAGCGAAACCGGGUGCAAACUGUUUACCAGUGAUUUGUGUCAAGGAUCGGAUAACCUACUCAAGGAGGGCCGGGAAUCUGUAGCGGUGGGUGCGUCGAGGUGCAAUGGGAUGCGGCGGCUGUGGCCAGCUGCGGUGGCGGUCUGCCUGCUGCCUGCGGUCUGCGGUGACGUCAUCUUCCGCGUGCCUGAAGUGAUGGUCCAACACGCAGCAGCCCCCAAGCCGGUGGGUACGGGACGCAUCAACGCGAGCAAGAGCAACGACUUCGAGUGGAGCCCCGACGAGGCGCUGGUGGAGGUCCGAUACGAGGAGUACUUCGUGGAACAUGACGUGUCUACCGUGGACGCCAGGAGAUCUGCGAGGGCGCUACAUGUUGAAGAUGUUCCAGAGACGCAGCUGGGAUGCGGCUCGUGUAGUCGCCGCGAGAUGGAGUACUGCGAGACGCGAGUGCUGGCCGAUCACUGCUGCUGCGACCGCCAGGUGCUGCCGGAGCCCUUCCCCUGGCUGCCUCACACCUGCUACAUGGGACCGCACAGAUGCAGGCCUCUGGCUCACGACUGCGCGCAGUAUGAGAGGCUGAGGGACUGUUGCUGCGCUAGGAAACUCGCUGAGCGAUGGAAGAGCAUCCUGUCGAAGUCAACUCGCGUGGGCGUGUCGGGGGCCUCGCUGCUGCUGCUGUCGAUGUUGCUGUUCGUCGCGUAUCUGUGACGCGCGGCCCCCGCGCGCGCGGCGCCGGCGCUUGCGCAUGUCUAGACAAUUCAUAUCCAACAGAUGGGGGUGCUCAUGCAUCGUCGUUUAUAGCCGGAAUCUGGAAUUUCCAGAAUUUCUCGUUGGAGCCAUUGGACCGAGCUCAUGCAUUAUUAUAAUUACUUUUAUCUGAAAUGUCGGGAUCAUUAUCAUCAUCAUUUGUAGCUGCGACUUCUGGAUCGAGCUUCAAAAGUUGGUAUCAACUUUUGAAGCUGGAACAACAGUGAGAGUAAUGCGUUCACUGAUGGUGUAUUAGAGCUGUGAUCAUGAUUGAUGUAUUGUAUAGACGCUAAGAUAGAUUCUCUAUAUGUAUAGCUCAACAGAGUUUGUCAUGCCAUAGUCUUUAUUCAAAAAUAAAGAAGAAUCGAAGCGUCAAAUUAAAAUAGAAUCUUUUACAAAACCAAUUUACCCUGCACUUACCUUUUCACUGAAGCUCUAUAUCUGAAUAUUGAUCUGUGAAUCAUCGAGGAACGAUAUUCUUGUUCCUUUGGUCUCAAUAAAGAGGUUACUGAGAAGUUAUAACAUCAGGACCAUGAGCAUAAAAUGUAAUAUUAGUCUGAGCUGGAAAGACGCAGUAAUCACUCAAAACGGCUCAAUCAAAACUAUCAUGUAUGAAAUUUCAUUUUUCUGUUAGGUACCUCAGAGACAUUGUUAGUGUAACAAUAUUUGUGAAAUUAAACAGAUUUAAAUUCCAAGUUAGUAAUCGAAAGCAUAAAACUUAUGAAAAAUCACAAAAUGUAUCGUAAACCCUUUUGAUGUUCGGUAUUCUUUACCAAUAUUGAUUACGUGUUUUCGAAAUUCAUAAAAUUAUUGAGUCCUAAAUUCGAAGAGUGGAAGUGAAGUGAGUAGAAGGGGUAUUCAUAUUGAUCAUGUAAAAGAAGUUUUUGGAAGGUGCUCAGAAGCCUGAAAUUAUAUAAGAUCACAAUAAAUUAUAUCAGAAUAAUACCUAAUUGUUCAAAAGCACUUUUAUAUAAUUUGCAAUUGAGUUGAUUCCCAUAACUAAACUUUUAAAUAAGCUCUGAAAACGCAAGUGGAGAAGAAGUGAAGUGACGAAGCGUUCCAACUGUGUGUUAUAUACUUGGCUAAUUUGCGGGUAAAACCUAGAAACUUGCAGCUUACGUUGUCAAAAACAUAAUCUAUUAAUGUGCUUAUUUAUAUUCUUACUGGACAGUAUGACAAUUACAUUUUUGUUAUAAUUUAAACUGUUGGCUUAUUGUUGUUAAUUUAAUUUUAAGUUAGCGAACACAAAACGAUUGCUUUACUUAGAUAUUUACGUUUCGUGCUUGACACCAAAGGUGUUAAUAUUUAAGCUUUCAUCAAAUGGAAGUUGUAGUGUAGAUAUUAUUUUAAUGUAGUGUAUUUGUAAAAGUACUCUAGAUUUAAGAAUAUGUGUCUAUUAUUCGAUGUUUCUUAUGUAAUUAAAUCAAUUUAUAGAAUAGAAGAAAAAUGACGGCACUAAAUUAUAUAUUUGAUUCAGAAGCAGUUACCUAUUUUAUCAUGAAUUAAAGAAAGUUACCACGACACA